AUGACGGUUAAUAUUCCUUUGGUUAAUGGUACAUCGUAUUGUACUUUGACCGCACAUUCCCAGGAAUCUUUCCAAAAGACUAUUGAAUUUUAUGUUGAUUUUUUGCAAUUAGAGAAACGUUCUUUGGAUAAUAGUUCUGUUCUGUUGUUCAAUGGACCAGUUUCUUUGAAGAUUGUUCUAGAUGAUGAUGCUAGUAAGCAAAAGGUUGCAGAUGCUCAGCUUGAAAAAUUGAAGGCCAAUGCUGGUGUUAAGGACUGGAGAGCUUCUGUUCAUGAGUCCUUGGUUUUUAACACUGCUGAUAUCCAAGUUAUUAAGGACUAUUUGGUUAAGAAGGAUUUGCCUCGUCAGGCUUAUCCUACAGACCUUUUCCCAAUGCAAUUGUACACUUUGGAUCCAUUGGGAAAUGCAGUCGGUGUUACCUCUACUAAGAACGCUGUUAGCACAAUGCCAACUCGUCCACCAACUGCGGAUGAAAAAACCACAUCUUCUUUGGUAUCAAAGGCUCCUUCUUACACUGAUUUGAGGAGUGCUGUUAAGACAACUGAUUCUUACCCAUCUAUUCCAGAGGGUUCUACCAGGCCAAAGAAGGCUAUCGCUGUUAUGACUUCUGGUGGUGAUGCACCAGGUAUGAAUGCCAAUGUUAGAGCCAUUGUUCGUACUGCCAUCUUCAAGGGCUGUCGUCCAUUUGUCGUUAUGGAAGGUUACUCAGGUCUAGUUCAUGGUGGCCCAGAAUACAUCAAAGAGUUUACAUGGGAAGAUGUGCGUGGUUGGUCUAGCAUGGGUGGUACUAACAUCGGUACUGCUCGUUGUAUGGAAUUCAAAGAACGUGAAGGUAGAUUGUUGGGUGCUCAACAUUUGAUCGAAGCUGGCGUGGAUGCUUUGAUUGUUUGUGGUGGUGAUGGAUCCUUGACUGGUGCAGACUUGUUCAGAUCCGAAUGGCCAUCUUUGGUCGCUGAAUUGUUGGAGACCAAGAAAAUUACUAAGGAACAGGAAGUUAGAUACAAGCACUUGAACAUCUGUGGUACCGUGGGUUCCAUCGAUAACGAUAUGUCUACUACUGAUGCUACUAUCGGUGCUUACUCGGCCUUAGACAGAAUCUGUACAGCUAUCGAUUACGUCGAAGCCACCGCUAAUUCUCACUCCAGAGCUUUCGUUGUCGAAGUUAUGGGUAGAAACUGUGGUUGGUUGGCAUUGUUGGCUGGUAUUGCUACCUCUGCUGACUACAUCUUGAUCCCAGAGAAGCCAGCUUCUUCUCGUGAAUGGCAAGACCAGAUGUGUGACAUUGUCUCUAAGCACAGAAGUAGAGGUAAGAGAACCACCAUCGUCAUCAUUGCUGAAGGUGCUAUUGCUGCUGAUUUGACUCCAAUCUCAUCUGCUGAUGUUCACAAGGUCUUGGUCGACAGAUUGGGCUUGGACACAAGAAUUACAACUUUGGGUCAUGUUCAAAGAGGUGGUACCGCUGUUGCCUACGACCGUAUCUUGGCUACUUUACAAGGUGUUGAAGCAGUUAACGCUGUCUUGGACUCCACUCCUGAUACCCCAUCUCCAUUAAUUGCCAUCAACGAAAACAAGAUCACUCGUAAACCUCUGGUUGAAUCUGUCAAGUUGACUAAAUCGGUGGCUGAUGCUAUUCAUGCUAAGGAUUUCAAGAAGGCUAUGGCUUUGAGAGACACCGAAUUCAUCGAGCAUUUGAACAAUUUCAUGGCAACUAACUCCGCUGAUCACAACGAACCUAAGCUACCAGUUGACAAGAGACUAAAGAUCGCCAUUGUCAAUGUUGGUGCACCAGCAGGUGGUAUCAACUCUGCCGUUUACUCCAUGGCCACUUACUGUAUGUCCCAAGGUCACAAGCCAUACGCUAUUUAUAACGGUUGGUCCGGUUUGGCAAGACACGAAAGUGUUCGUUCAUUGGACUGGAAAUCCAUGUUGGGAUGGCAAAGUCGUGGUGGUUCCGAAAUCGGUACCAACAGAGUCACUCCAGAAGAUGCUGAUCUUGGUAUGAUUGCAUACUACUUCCAGAAAUACCAAUUCGAUGGUUUGGUUAUUGUCGGUGGUUUUGAAGCCUUCGUUUCUCUAAACCAACUAGAAAGAGCAAGAGACAGUUACGCUGCUUUCAGAAUUCCAAUGGUCUUGAUUCCAGCUACUUUGUCCAAUAACGUUCCAGGUACCGAAUACUCGCUUGGUAGUGACACUGCUUUGAACGCUUUGAUGGAAUACUGUGAUGUUAUCAAGCAAUCCGCUUCGUCCACUAGAGGAAGAGCCUUUGUCGUUGACGUCCAAGGUGGUAACUCUGGUUUCUUGGCUACUUGUGCAGCUUUGGCUGUUGGUGCUCAAGCAUCCUAUGUUCCAGAAGAAGGUAUCUCUUUGGCACAACUAUCACAGGAUAUUGAAACUCUAGCCGACUCAUUCGCCAAGUCUGACGGUAGAAAUAGAUUCGGUAAGUUGAUUCUAAAGAGUACAAACGCUUCUAAGGCUUUGAGUGCUGAAUCCCUGGCCAGCGUCAUGACAGCAGAGGCCGAAGGAAAAUUCGAUGCCAAGCCUGCCAUCCCAGGUCACGUACAACAAGGUGGUCUACCAUCUCCAAUCGACAGAACAAGAGCCACCAGACUGGCCAUCAAAGCCGUCGAUUUCAUUGAAAACCAACAAGAUAUUAUCAAGGAAGCUCGUGCCGACGACGGUCUCUUCAACCCAGACGAUAAGGAACUUUCUGCAACGGCAACCGUCCUGGGUGUCAAGGGCUCUCACGUCAGAUUCACUCCUAUCAGACAGCUUUACGAUUUUGAGACUGAAGUGACAAAGAGAAUGCCUAAGAUCAUCCACUGGGAAGCUCAAAGAGCCAUCGCUGACCAUUUGGUCGGUAGAAAAAGGGUUGAAUGA